GUCUAAGGAAGUAUAGCAUGGACUGGGUGCUUGUAGGUGCGCUGUGUCUGGCGGUUGUGGGCGUGGCGGCACUCCUGACGGUGUUCAAGGGACAGACGAGGAAGGAUGUGGCACCAGGUGAUGAGCCCGAGGUGGAGGUGGCGCCCUCGGGGCUGUCGCGACAGGCCAGGAGAAGGGCGGAGAGAGAGGCUCGGAGGAGGAAGAAACGGGACGCCGGUGGGGAUGGUCCUGGAGGGGCGACGGACGGUGGGGAUGGCGAUGACGGAGGGCUUCCCCGAGCAGGAGGCGGCGAUGGGCCGGUGGUGGGAAGAAACCGCCGCGGAGCCAAGUACGAGGCCAAGCAGCGGAUGAAGGAAGCGCGGAGGAAGGCGAGGGAGGCGCAGGCGGCCGAGGAGGCGCGAGCGGCCGAGGCCGACGAGCUGCUUGUGGGCGACGAGGGUGACGAUGAGGCUGCUGCUGAAGCAGCACGCGUUGAGGCCGAGACUGAGAGGGCGGCGGUAGAGGCCGCCGAAAGAGCGGCAGCCGAGGCGGCGGCGUACGAGGCGAUGAAGGCUGAGUUUGAGGUUGUCACCGAGGGCUCGCUCCUCGCCGACCUCGGCGCCGAAGGCGAGGAUGUGAACACCGCAUUCUGCAAGUACGUCAAGCGGCAAAAGGUGGUCGAGCUCGACGCGCUGGCGAGCAAGUUCCAUCUGCGGACGCCCGAGGUGGUGGCGCGACUGCGUGCGCUCGAGGCUGACGGUCGGCUGAUGGGCAUCUUUGACGACCGUGGCAAGUACAUCUACGUGACCAUGAGCGAGCUCAAGGCGGUGGCGCGGCAAAUCAACGGAGCCGGCCGCAUCGGGCUCGAUGAGCUCGCGGUUGUUGCCGGCUCACUGAUCUCUGUGGAGAAAGCUAAGCGGAAGAAGCGACGGAAGCGCAAGGACGAGGCAGGGCCGUCAGCGACGUAAACGCGAGAGACGGGCA